AUGCCCCCAGCGAUCGACCCCGAAGAGUCCGACGACUACGCAUCGGAAGAAGAUACCGACUUCAACGUAGAUGGCUCGCCUAAAAACUACUCCUCCGGGUCGGAAGACGAGGUUGACGACGAAGCCGCACCCAGCGGCAAAAGUACGGCACCAAUCAAGCGACAGCGUCAAGCUGGCGAUGGCGAUGGAGAGGCAGAAGAUGCCGGGUUCGAAAAUUCGGGAGACGAGGCCAUCAUACAAAAGGGCAAAAAGAGCCGGAAGAAGCGCAAGGCAAACGACGGAGCGGCCGUCGAUGACGACGAUGGCGGCGAUGGGGGUCUGAUCAAGACGCGCAGCAUGCGUGCCGCCGAGAAAAUCGAGCGGAAGACGGCGGCCGUCAGCGGACCCGUUACGGUCGAUGUCGAGGCGCUGUGGACACAGAUGAUCGGCUCCUCAACCACGCACCCGCAGCCGUCAGAGCAGCAGGGCGGUUCUAGAGUCGAUGCCACAGCUGUAGAGCCCGCUAAUGACGACACUCUGAAGGUUCCUGCGGCGCCACAAUUAGUCGCGCCGGGCGAAGCCGGCAAACAAGCCGAUUUAAUACGGAUAAAACGGACCUACAACUUCGCUGGCAAAGUCCACACCGAGGAGAAGCUCGUUCCCCGCGACUCUGCCGAAGCACGGCUCUACCUAGCCUCUUUGGGAGAGAACGGCAACGCCGAGGCAAUUUUGGCAGAAUCCCUGUCGUCGCCAAAGCGCAUGCCCAAGAAGGCCUUCCGCUCUGCGUUUGAGCCCAUCAUCAUCGACCAGUCUCUACAGCGGUCUGACCUCAACCUGGGCAUGUCGGUCAGGUUGCGGGCCAGGGAUCUCGCCAACGAGGCCAGCGCCAAGAAACUCAACACUGUCGAGAAGAGCCGCAUGGACUGGGCCGGAUUCGUGGACAAAGAAGGCAUCAAGGACGAGCUUGAUCUCGCGGGCAAAUCCAAGGACUCUUUUGCGGCGCGCCAAGACUUCUUGGCAAGAAGCGAGGCCAAGAGAGACGAGGAUGCAAGACGAGCUCGGCUCGCUGGCCAGACAUGA